UCGACGAGGCGACGCAGCAGAGUAACGGUAAACAGUCGCGACGUCACACAGGAACGCUAUCAAGGGCAGAGACGCUUAGAGAUUUCGUCGCUGUCAGAAGUAACGCCGUGUCGCGUCUUGUUUUUGUUUUUUGUUUGUUUAGUGAAACGAUCUGAUUCGCGCGUGUGUCUUGCAACAGGCAACAGUGAACCAAAUAAACUGAUCCACAGUAUAUAAUCAAAUAAAAAUAUAAACGAAUAGAGAGAGAGACUAUAGUGAGUUGGAGGAACUCGUGGAGUGCGAGGUAUCUCGAGUCUGAGUUAGUGUAUGGUUGAGAGUGCCAGGAAUCCACUAUGACAAUGGCAAGCCUGCUCCUGGCACUGACACUAGCGCUGAUCCUUGGCCUGGCCGUGGGUCCUCGACCAGCCUCCGCCGCUGGCGCCUCCACCAACGACCCCUGCUACUUUGAGGGCAAGCCGCGCAAGUGCCUGCCCAGCUUCGUGAACGCCGCCUACGGGAAUCCGGUUCAUGCCUCGAGUGUGUGCGGCGGCCAGCAGCCGGAGAGGUACUGCGAAUUGCUGCGCGACGGUAGCACCGGCGAGUGCCGCACCUGCGACAUGCAACAGCAGCAGCAGCAACUGCGGUAUGGAGCUGCCGCACUGACCGACUUGAAUAACCCCAGCAAUGUAACUUGCUGGCGGUCGGGGGGGGUCAAUGUGCCCCACGACCCGGACAGCGCGCCGCCGGACAAUGUGACCCUGACCCUGUCACUGGGCAAGAAGUACGAGCUAACUUACAUCUCGCUGUCGUUUUGCCCGCGCUCCCCCCGCCCCGACUCCCUAGCCAUCUUCAAGAGCUCCGACUUCGGGCAGACUUGGCAGCCGUUCCAGUUCUACAGCUCCCAGUGCCAGAAGUUCUAUGGCCGCCCGGAUCGGGCCAAGAUCUCCAAGUUCAACGAACAAGAGGCACGUUGCAUUAAUUCCCAGCACGAUGUCAGCGGCGCCGGGGCUGGCACAGGAGGCGCGCCCCAACGAUUCGCCUUCAAUACCUUGGAGGGGAGACCCUCUGCCAACGAUUUGGACGCCUCCCUGGUGCUCCAGGACUGGGUGACCGCCACCGACAUCCGAGUGGUUUUCCACCGCCUGGAACUGCCACCGCAAUUGCUGAAGGCUAAGAACGCCAACAGCUUCAGCGACGAGAUGGGAGGCAGUCAGGAAACGGACGAUGACAACGACGACGCCGAUCUGGAACUAGACGGCGACCAGGACGAGUACGAUUACAAUCUACAGGACAACGAUAGCGGCGACGCUGGCUACGACGAAGAGUACGAGGAGCCCAAGAAGAAGCUGGAGCUUGACGACGAACUGCAUCUGGACUACGCCAGCGAUGGCGAAGCGUCCAAACGGCACUCCUCCAAGCACAAGGGAAAUCUCUAUGAGAAACACUACCAAGGAAAGCUCUCAGCCACCACACCACCCGAAUCGUCCAAGAGCACCCCGUCCAGCACCACCACCGCCUCUGCCGUCGCCCAAACAGUCCUGCCCGUUUCCCAUCAGUAUGCUGUCUCUGACUUUGCCGUCGGUGGGCGUUGCAAGUGCAACGGCCAUGCUUCCGAAUGUGUGGCCACCGCCGGAUCCACGACCGGAUCAGGACUCUCGGACCCGGACGAUGGCCAGGACGAAGACUCGCACCUCGCGGCAGGGCACUUCGGUCGCAGCUCCCUGCCAUUGCAAAUGGGCUUCAAACUGGCCAUGACUUGCGCCUGCAAGCACAAUACCGCUGGACCCGAGUGCGAGCGUUGCAAGCCCUUUUACUUCGACCGCCCUUGGGGCAGGGCCACCGACCAAGAUGCCAACGAGUGCAAAAUGUGCCAAUGUAAUGGACAUGCCCGAAGAUGUCGAUUUAAUUUGGAGCUUUACAAACUAUCCGGCAGAGUCUCUGGAGGAGUGUGCUACAACUGCCAGCACGACACCACAGGAAGAUACUGCCACUAUUGCCGCGAAGGAUACUACCGAGAUGCCAACAAGCCGCCAAAUCAUCGCAAAGUCUGCAAGCGAUGUGACUGCCACCCCGUAGGCUCGACUGGCAAGACGUGCAACCACCUGAGCGGACAGUGUCCUUGCAAGGAGGGCGUUACCGGACUGACCUGCAACCGCUGUGCCCGUGGCUACCAACAGACACGCUCCCAUGUGGCGCCCUGCAUCAAAGUGCCAACCAACGCGAACAUGAUCCAGGCCGAGAGCGCCGGAGGCGGCGCAAACGGGGACUACAAGAACGGUGGUAGCUCGCAAGCCGAGGAAAUGAAGAAAUACUGCGGCAAGUGCAAGGCCAGUCCGAGGAAGCUCAAUCUGAACAAGUUUUGCAUGGAGGACUAUGCAAUUUUGGCCAAGGUGAUUGGUUACGACCGUGCCUCCCAGGACAUUAGCACCGAAAAGUUUUCCAUAGAGCGACAGAAUGAGAUCUACAAGUAUGAAAUCAACAUUCAAACGAUUUUCAAGCGGAAUCCUAUGUCCGGCACGACCAGUUCUCUCCUGGGACGUGGCAACAUGAUGCUGCUCGUGCCCCGCAAGAGUAUCGAAUGUCAGUGCCCCAAAAUAAAACUAAAUAAAUCGUAUCUGAUCCUUGGACGCGACUCGGAAGCGGCGCCAGGAUACCUGGCAAUCGGUCCAAGCUCGGUAGUCCUAGAGUGGAAGGACGAGUGGUCGCUGCGCAUGAAGCGGUUCCAACGGCGGGCGCGAAAAUGCAGUUGAAUCGAACCGGAAACGGAAUAUGUCAGAGCGGAUUUCAAUUUCACACACUUGGCUAGAUAUCAGUUUUUGUAUAAAUUGUACAGUUUACUCAAAUUUCUCACCUUCUUCGGCAUUGUGCUAUAAAUUAAUUAAACCAAGACAGUCAGAUCAGCAGAGCCCCCAAAUUAGUUUCCCCACCAUUCCCCGGAUACCCACUAUAAACACGCAUCUUAUUAACUCCUAGAUCACCGGCUCCAGGGGCAUUUCUCUAGUCCAUAAAGUAGUAAACUUCGCGAAAAAACAGGCAGGCAGACGAAAAGCAAAGAACAUUAAAACAAAGUCAACAGCGGACAGGCUGCAUACGACAGAACAUUAUGUAUAUCCCCUUCAUAAAACACCAAAUGCUAAUUACAGUUACUUGCCAAUGGCGAUGGGCGGUGUCCAUAACAGUUAUGGAUGCCAUAAAAAACAGUUAUAAAUUGAAAACAAGUGCGAAAAGAAGCCGUCGCGAGCAAAUAUGACUUAAAUAUGAUAUACCACGUGCUAGGGAUGUGCACAAGGUUGAUGCGCGACACGAUACGGGUUCAACUAAAGUCAAGGUACAAUUUUUUUUAAUAUUGAUAAGUAAUGAGCAAACAUCUAAAAAGUAGAAAAUGUAACGACAUAAAUUCCUUGUAUUCCCAAAAGGCGGUAGGAAGACGAAACAAGCCGGAUCAACACAUAAGUGCAUUCAUAAACCAACACAUGAGCCGUGACCAAAUAGCAGGCCUUUAAACAAACAAACACAAAAGUAUACAUUUGUAUCUUUACCCUGGAUUUGUAGAGACGACGCGCUUUAUCCGAAAUCAUUUAUAAAAAGAAAUACAAGCUUUUAUUCAAAUUAUGAAAAAAAAUUUACGAAACUGGAAUAUACAUUUUAAAUACAAGUUCAUUAAACCACACCACUGGCUUGGAAUCAUGGCUAAAAUGACAAAUAUUUGUUUGGGGAACAAAAAUAUUUAAAUUUCUAUCCAAAAAUGCGUAAAGUCAUAAUUUUCAUUAGUUGUCUGGCUUGCACCAGGCCUUUUUUGGACCCCGCCUUAAAACACUUCCCUUUAUUUAAACAUCGAUUCAACAAUUUUAAUUUUUGCCAAGUACAAUUUUUCUGAACAAUUUCCAUUGGUUCCAUUUUUUUUUUGGCAAUUUGGUAGUUUUCGGCCAUCUAUUUAAAGUAUUGUUUGCAUAUGUUUGGUCAAACGCAAAUCGUCUCUUGGAACUGUAUGCAAACAGUUUUUGAAAGCAAUUAUGCUCAUGUUUAUUGACAUUUUGCUAGUUGAUUUUUCACGCGGGUUUGCACAUCAAUUUGUUCGAUGAAUUCAUCAAUAACAGGCAUUUAAAAUAUAUUUAUUUCAAUAUAAUUUUUUAAUUUGAGUUAUACAUGUAAAUAAGGUGUAUUUCUCCUCCUCUUCGUUCCUCCGAAAUCGAAGGCGUCGGGGCUGUGAACUUGUUUUUUGGAGCCAAGUGUGUGGGCAGCCGUCACUUGAUAGACAUUCCCCAGGUCUACACCUCAACGCAUUCGACUCUGACAUAAUAUCAGCGAUAAAUAUUUUACAAUUUAAACUAAAAUAAAUAAAAGGCUCUUCAGCUUCUUUUGGGGUGGACUAUUUAACAGCUACACUUGGGCAACAGCAUUCAAGUGAACUUUGAACCUGACGCAUACAUACCUUUAUAGAUAUACAUAUGUAUGUAUGUGCAUGUAUUGUGAUGUAUACACAUACCUAUUUCCACACCAAACUCCCCUUAAUCCCUCCUGAACCAACUCGAUUGCAGUUACAUUUUUUCGAUGUUGCUGCGGAUUAAACAUGUUUCGGCUCAAAAUGUAACAUGAUAUAUGACAGCCGGGUGUCGAACUUGAUAAAUGUUUUAAUGAAUUUAUUUUCGUGUUUAUGUUCUGUCUGCCAUUCGCCAGAAAAUGACUGAAUCGGGAUCUUUUUGCCCGACUUUGGGCCAAACAACUUUUGUAAGCAAUGUAUCGUGUGUGUCCCUCUGUCCGCCAAUGUUUCCCUCAGUCCCUGGGCCCAUUACCAUUCACAAGUUAUUGAGGUCCGACCGUGACCAUGAUGUAUGAUAAAUCAAAAUAGGGGCACAAAACACAUGCCGGACAGUUAACAAGCAGCGGCAUUUAAGCCGAGAUUUGUAUUCCCAUUCACUCACUGGAUCACUCCGGCCAGGGACGCAUAAUUAGCCUGGAUCUAUUCUUGGCUAACAGGGCGUAGGAGUCAUACCAAAAGUCACUGACUUGUACAACAACAGUUAAUAUGGAAAAGGAGCUUUAUUCCCAGUCACUUAAAUGAAAAAUCCCAUUAAAAUUUUAAAAUUUUCUAUAAGUUUAACAAUUUGUCUCUUCGUUUUCUUAGUAGAGUGUCUCUUCAUAGAUUCGAAUUACCCACUUUUCUGCGCAACAAGUUUUCCGAAACCCCAAAACAAGCUUGCAUAUUUUUAUACCCUUGCAGAGGGUAUUAUAAUUUUGGUCAAAAGUGUGCAACGCAGUGAAGGAGACAUCUCCGA